GAAAGAUCAACAUCAUUCCCACAUUUGAUUUUGUGGGUGGAUAAAGGUCCUCGCGGGAGACGCCUACGACGAUAGAAAAAUUCGCUGAAAGAGACUUAUUCGCGAAGAACUAUUUAAUUUCGAAAUUUAUUGUUGAACGUUCGCGGCGUUCGCGAGAAUUAGUGAGACAUACAAAAUGGCCGACAUGGACUGCAUUAUCGGGAAAUGGAAGAUGGUCAGCAGCGAGAACUUUGACGACUACAUGAAAGCGUUGGGAGUUGGAAUAGUUCUUCGGAAUUUGGCGAACGUCGCGACGCCGACUAUCGAAUUCUCCAAGGGAGACGACGACACGUGGACUAUGACGACAUCUGCGACAUUCCGAACAGUGGAGAUUAAGUUCAAGUUGAACGAAGAGUUCGAAGAGGUCACUGGUGACGGAAGAAAGUGUGCGACGACUUUCUCAUUCGAAAACGGAGUUUUGACGCAGAAACAAGUGGGAAAAGACGGAUCGAAAAACAGCGAACUCAUCAGAACAUUCAAAGGCGACGACCUGACAACGGUACUGAAAGUGGACGACGUCGUCUGCACCAGGGUUUAUAAGAAAGUUUAACUAAAAAAAAUACAUCUGAAAAAUGCUUGUUUCCAAUUUUUUUUCCUGUCCACGUGGAAUUUUGAUUUUGAAAGGCUUUAAAAUUGGUGGGUUACUAUUCAGCAGGUGGCGAAAAUGAAUGAUCAAUUUACUUCGAGAAUUUCGAUCCGGUUUUUUCUGCACUUGUUUCUCUCAAUUUGUUGCAAAUAUACGGGGUGCACCAGGAAGA